AUGGUUGUCAAGGUUUACGUUGAUUUUCGAACGCAGCCUAGCCGUUCUCUCGUCAUCUUCCUGAAAAACACCAAGAUUCCUUUCGAGAUUGAAAACAUAGACCUGGUCGGCAUUCCGUUGUUCACCGGAGGAAAGCAGCACGCAUCGGAGGAAAGGUUGAAGACAGACACGGAAAACCUAACCAAACAACUAGACAAGCUCGAGAAUGCUUUCUUGCAGGAUAAUGAUUGGUUGGCUGGAGAUGAUAUAUCUGUCGCUGACGUGCUCGCUGUUCCCGAGAUGAUGCAAAACACUGUGAAUGGACGGGACGUCACAGAGGGACGACCUAAACUCAGGGCCUUUGUAGAUCGUGUAAAGAAUCGUCUCAAUCCUGUCUUUGAUUAAGUCCACGAAUUCAUGUAUGCGUGGAGGGACAGCUACAACAAAUAGAUUCUCCGUGGAAAUGCUUUUGACGGAGUCUUACAUUUUCAACAGUUUUUAAUAUCGGUUUAUCUUCUCAAUCCUUUGAG